CUAUUUAUAAGUUGACUGUAAUGAAUCAACGCAAAGUGGGAAAAAAAACAAGAAUUUUAUUCGUUUAACUAAUAAAAUAUUUUUUCUUUUUUUUUUUAGUUUACUAAAAAUGUUGGAAAUAAAGAAAAUGUUAUAAAAAGAGUUCAAUCAGAAAUGAUAUUUACGAAACAUUCAUCAUUUGUAUUCAAACAAAAAGAAAAUCAAAUUAAUAUUCCAUGGUAUCAAUCACAUCGUUUAUGGUCAAAUAUGAUGAAUAAAACUCAUGAUAAAACAUACAAAUGUCGUGUUAAUUUUCUUGAUUCACAUCCAUCUAUAACAACAAAGAUGCGAAGUGUUUUAUUCGAUUGGUUAAUUGAAGUUUCUGAAGUUUAUCAUCUUCAUCGUGAAACUUAUCAUUUAUCAAUUGCUUAUAUUGAUCAAUAUUUAUGUAAAAAAACAAAUUUAUCUAAAAAUAAAUUUCAAUUACUUGGCAUAACUUCACUUUUUGUUGCUGCAAAACUUGAAGAAAUUUAUCCACCACGUUUAUCUGAUUUUUCCUAUGUUACGGAUAAUACAUGUUCUGAAGAUGAUAUACUCGAUAUGGAAUUAGAUUUAAUGAAUGUAUUAAAUUGGCAUAUAAAUCCGAUAACAUCUAUAAGUUGGUUAUUAAUUUAUCUUCAAUCUGAAAUUGAACUUAAAAAUAUUCUAAAUAAUAAUGAUUUAUUAAUAAAAAAACAACAUUUAUUAAAUAAUGAAAUUCUUCAAAGUUCAUUAUUAACUAAUGUACAUCGAUCAAAAGAUUUUCUUCAAAUAUUUUCAUUAACUGUUCGAUUACUUGAUUUAUGUUCAUUAGAUAUUGAAUAUAAUCAAUUUUCGAAACAUGUACUUGCAGCUUCAGCUAUUCUGUUAUGUAAAACAAAUUGGGCAAUUGAAGAAAUAACAGGUUUAACUAAUAAUGAUAUUUGUAUAUGUAAAGAAUGGAUGAAACCAUUUUCUGAAGUACUUAAUAAUUCUUUAUCAAAUUCAACUAUUCGAUUAUCAUCUGAUGUGCCCGUUGAUGAAGUUUAUUCAAUUCAAAUACAUAAUGUAUCAAUAGAUUUACUUGAAAAUGUUUAUAAAAAACGCCCAAAAUUUAUACCAACAAUGAUACAUAAUCGACCUUUUCGAGAUCUUUUAAAUCAUCUAUCUUGGUUACCAACAUUAUUAGAAAAACAACAAGAUGAAAAACAAAUUAAUAAAGUUGUUGCUAUUAUAUAA